AUGGGACAUCAUGAAGGUGUCAAAAAGCAAAAGAUCAACGCUUAUAACGUGUUGUUGUUGUGUUUUAUUGGCCUUGGUUCCAUGACCUAUGGCUAUACUGCCUCUAUUAUUGGAACGACUCUAGGACAACCGUCGUUUAUCGAGUACUUCGACCUUGCGACCAGAAGUAAUGGGACCGACCUUAUUAGUACCAUGAACGGCCUUUUCCAGACCGGCGGCGUCCUGGGAACUCUGAUGCUUCCGUACGUAGCAGACCGCUGGGGCCGCAAGUGGGCAAUUGCUGUGCCUGCGAUCAUUGCUGUCAUCUCGGGAGCCUUUCUGGCAGGCAGCACCAACAUUGGCGAGUUCUUACUGUUUCGCUUCUUUGCAGGCGCCGCAGCCUUCAUGAUCCUGGCGGCCGUUCCAAUUUGGAUGUCCGAGGUUGUACCCGUCGACUUGAGAGGAGCCUUGGUUGAUGUACAUGCCGUCUUCUUGCUCCUCGGGUACACCGUCCAGGGCUGGGUUGGAUUUGGGUUCUAUUUCUGGGACGGAGGUGCAGCCACAUGGCGACCGCCCCUUGCUCUCCAAUGCGCUUGGCCUCUUUUUCUCCUGUGUGGCAUCUACUGGGUGCCUGAAUCUCCUCGCUGGCUAGUCAUGCAAGGCCGCGACGAAGAAGCAAAGCAGAUUCUCUUCAGACUGCAUUCCAAUCCGAAUGAUCCGGAGAAUGAGUUCGCCAAUGCCGAGUACUACCAGAUUGAAAAGCAGAUUGCCAUUGACAAGACUUUGGGUAAUUCGUGGAUGCACAUGAUCAAGAAGCCAUCGUAUCGGAAACGGUGCCUCCUUGCGAUCGGGACAACUGGUAUUAUCCAGUGCUCUGGAGUAUUGGUGAUCAACAAUUACGGGCCGACGUUAUAUGCGAAUCUCGGAUUCAGCGCCGUCAAGCAGCUUCUAUACCCGGCUGCCUGGCUUACCAUGGCUCUAGGAAUCAACAUCCUGGCCAUGGCCACAGUCGACUUGUUCGCGCGGAAUCGGUACAUGGCAUUCGGGGUGUUGGGCUGUAUGGUCACUCUCAUCAUCGAAGCCGCACUGGUCGCCGAGUUUGUGCCUUCCAACAACCACGCCGCGCUCCAAGCCGCUGUGGCCAUGUUCUUUAUCUUCCAGAUUUUCUAUGGUUUCUGCCUUGAUGGUACACAAUUCAGUUACCUCAACGAGCUCUUCCCAAGCCACAUCAGAGCGAAAGGUGUAUGUCUGGGAGUGUCGAUGAUUUCGCUUAUGAACAUCAUUUGGCUUCAAGCAGCGCCGACAGCCUUCAAAACCGUCGGCUGGAAGUUUUACCUCGCUUUCAUCAUUCCCGGGACCAUUGGUGGAUUUAUCAUGCUGUUCUUCUUCCCCGACACCAAGGGCGUCCCUCUGGAGGAAAUUGCCGCGAUCUUUGGUGAUGCUGACGAAGUGGCCAUCUAUCAACGUGACAUCGAAAUCGACCAUACGACUCAUAGUAUCAUCGCCCAUGGCCACGAGGCAGAGAAAGUUGGCGUAGGUUUGACUGAAAACGUCGAAGCGUCCAAAACAACAGACAAUAAUGUCUAA